GAGAGCACUCCAGUCUGCACCCUUGGGAAGAAACAUCCAAUCAGCCGGCUGCCAUCUGAUCCGAUCUCUCACAUACACACACACACAUCUGGGGACUACCGAUCAGCCGACUUGAUCGAUCAGGAUACUUUGCUCCAGAGAGUGGGGGGUGGGAAAACUUCGCAGCAUCCUCUCUCUCUUUCUCCACAAACCUCCUCUUUUUUUCCGCAUUUAAAAAAAAAAAAAAGAAGAAGAAGAAGAAGAAAAAUGGUCACGACGCGACCUGGCGUCUUCCCCUCACGCGCUCAUUCAUAAGCGGAGGAUCAAGUCGUUCAUUUUUAUUUUAUUUUCUUUUUUUCUUGAGGGGCUCGGAUGUGCGUCGGUGGAGGUUCGGAUCGGGCACUGGCACACGGCGUCCCCUCCAGCAGAGAGGAGGAGAGAGGACAGGAGACAAGAGGGGUGAUCGGGACGAGCUGCCGGAGGAAUACAAAUUAUACGCGUUGAAAGGAAAGAGCGUCCGACGAGAAGAAUGAGUGGAGCCGCCGGUGUGGAGCCUUAAAAGAAAAACAAAAAAACACAAAAAACACCCCAAAAAGAUUCAGCUGAUUAUUAUUUUUUUCACCCUCUCCCCCCAAAAGGAUUAAAACAGUAGUUUUGUGUCAACCAGAGUUGAAGGAUGACGGUGAAGCUGGACUUUGAGGAGUGUUUGAAGGACUCUCCGCGCUUCAGAGCUGAAAUCGAAGUGGUCCAAAACGAUGUGAGUGAACUCGAGACGCGGCUAGACAAGCUAGUAAAACAAUGCCAUGCCAUGGUGGAGGCAGGCAGGGUCUACUGCCAGACCAGCAAGAGCUUUGUCAACGGCCUGCGGGAGCUCGGACACCAGUGCUCCGGGGACAACAUGAUGGAGGAUUGUUUGGACAAAUUUUCCAAAAAGCUGUCCAUCAUCCUGGAGGCUCAGGGGGAAGUGAUUGAGGCCACACAGAAGUCAGUGAAGCUGAAGCUGCAGAACUUUGUCAAAGAGGAUGUGCGUCGGUUCAAAGACGUGCGCAAGGAGUUCGAGCGCAGCAGCGAAUGUCUGGAGAGGGCACAGGAGAGGAACGCCCAGGCCCCGCGGGGGAAGGUACACGAGGUGGAGGAGGCGAGCAACGCUCUGCUCAACGCGCGCAGGGCCUUUCGGGCUGAGGCCCUGGAUUACGUCCUGGAGAUUAAUGUGAUUGAAGCCAAGAAGAAGACCGACAUUUUGAUGGCGGUGUUGUCGCUGAUGGAGGCCCAGGCUCAGUUCUUCCAACAUGGCAACCAGUCUAUGUCAGAACUGGACGAGUACAGACGAAAACUGAGUGAAGAGCACACUCAGUUUGUUCUGAAUGCUGCCCGGGAGAAGAGGGACAUGGAGCAGAGACACGCCGCAGUCAAGAAAAAGGAUGUGUCCUACGAUGACUCCAUCAUGGAUUUCAAUGCCGAUGCAGCCAACGGGAUCGCCAUGGAGGGGUACCUCUACAAGAGGGCCAGCAACGCCUUCAAGACCUGGAGCAGGCGUUGGUUUUCGAUUCAGAAGAAUCAGCUGGUGUAUCAGAAGAAAUUCAAGGACCAGCCCACUGUUGUGGUGGACGACCUGCGUCUUUGCACAGUGAAGCCCAGCACUGAAAAUGAGAGACGGUUCUGCUUUGAAGUGGUCUCCCCGUCAAAGUGUUGUUUGCUGCAGGCAGACUCAGAUAGGCAGCAGCAGGCGUGGAUCAGCGCCGUCCAAAACAGCAUCGCCUCAGCCUUCCAGGAGCGCAGAGAGGACCCGCACAGCCCAAGACAGCGCUGCAGCUCGAUGUCGGCGAGCACUUUGGGAGGCGGCGGGGGAGGAGGCGGGGGAGCGGAUCAGGAGAGCGAGGGCUACAAGGCCCUGGAGGAGGUUCAGGCGAUCCCCGGGAACAAGCAGUGCUGCGACUGCGGGGAGCCCGGUCCCGAAUGGGCCUCCAUCAACCUGGGCAUCACGCUUUGUAUCAUCUGCUCUGGCAUACACAGGAGCCUGGGAGUCCAUUUCUCCAAAGUGCGCUCCCUCACGCUGGACUCGUGGGAGCCAGAGCUCGUUAAGUUGAUGUGCGAAUUGGGGAACACAGUCAUCAACAGGAUCUACGAGGCCCGGAUCGAUGAGAUCACCAUCAAGAAGCCCCACGCCUCCAGCCCCAGAGGAGACAAGGAGUCGUGGAUCCGAUCAAAGUACGUUGAAAAGAAGUUUAUCCAAAAGCUGCCCGAGACGGGCAGGAACCCCCCGCUGAGGCGAUCCAGCGCCAGGAGGAACCGAGCGACCACGCAGGACCGGACUGUCCAGCGGCCGCCGAUCAAACCCAAACCAAACCGAGCCACUCUGCCUCGGAGCACAGGGCUGAGCCCCAGUGACCUUGUCCAAAAGAACAAUUCAGGCUUUCACAAAGACAUGGACGAGGACGAGGAGGACCUGAGCGGACUUCACCCCGGGGCGCUGCUGUAUCGCUCGGCGGCCCUGCAGAACUUCCCCGUCAUGGCCGACGCUUUGGCCCACGGGGCCGACGUGAACUGGGUGAACGUGGCCGAGGAGUCCAGCACGCCGCUGAUACAGGCCGUCUCGGCGAACGCCCUGGCGGCCUGCGAGUUCCUGCUGCAGAACGGCGCCAACGUCAACCAGGUGGACAGCAACGGGAGAGGGCCGCUUCACCACGCCACCAUCCUAGGUCACACUGGGUUGGUUUGUCUCUUCCUGAAGCGAGGAGCAGACUACAACGCCAGAGACAAGAACCAGAAAGACCCCAUAACAAUCGCCGUGGACAACGCCAAUGCCGACAUCGUCACCCUGCUGCGGAUCGCCAAGAUGAACAAGGAGAUGCGGGAGAUGGACGGAGCGUUUGGCCAAUCAGGUGACGACACCUACCACGACAUCUUCAGAGACUUUUCACACAUGGCCUCAAACAACCCCGAGAAGCUCAAACGCCGCAGCGCAGACCCCAAAACUUAACCAGCCCUCCACCUCCUCUUCUUCACGUCGCUGUACAGUAACCACGUUUUUGGGAAAAAAAACCAGAAAAAAAACAUGCAAGUAUGCAGACACAUCAGCACACAUGUUCCCCUGGCUACCUGCCACAUGUUCAGUCAUAGCUCAGCUGGUGUUGACUUCAGAGGGGGACGAACGCGCCGAACAGUGGAGCCUUUGUGCGAGCACGUCAGCGCAGAACAAUUGUGCCCGAGUGGGAACACUGGAACAGCUUUAUCAGAGCAGCAGGAGGUGUCUUUAUGUGUAGCAGAGGGUAACGCCAUCGCUCUGCCAAGAGUUUCCUAAUUAAAUCCUGUAAAUCUGUUUCUUUUUUUUUCAGCUAAAAGGGCUGUUUUUUUGUUGUUGUUUUUUUUAAUGUUCCUCUGCCAUUUCUGUUGAAGCGCCACAUCAGAAAGACGUGAAAAUGUUAGAGAAUUCUUGCAAAGUCUUCCAUUCUGUUGUAACGUAUGCAGAUUUUUACAUUUGGUAUGUUUUUAGAUGCUGUUUAUGUCUGUUUUUGUUAAAGCCAUGUCAGGUACUUGAGAUUCAUGAACAAAUAAACCCCAACGCGAAACUUAA